AUGCACAGAGAUCUUCUCUGUGAAGCCCACUCCAAGGAGAUUUCAAAUUUGGGUUACUGUUCAAAUCAUCAAAAGUUGGCCGAAUCUACAGAUAUGUAUUUUGCUAUUGCUUCAUGUUAUGAUGAACAAGGGGUGGAGAAAAAGAAUGUAACUCAGAUUCUCUCUGAAGUUGUUAGAGAUUUGAGUGUAACAAUUAAGAAAUCAGAGGAAAAUGAUUCUGUUUCUGUAUCUACGAAUGAGUCGAAAGAGUUAGGAGGUGAAGUUGAAAAGGUAGAUGUAGUUUUGUCUAUGGAUAGAGAGAAGGGAAAUAAUGUGGUCGAAAACCCGAGUAAAAUCAUGGAAGAUAAGUCUGUUCAAGUGUCUGUUGUUGAAGAUACUUCUGUUGAAGUUUCCAAUCAGCAUCUGGAAUUUUUUCUGGAUUACAGUGGCCAUAAACUGGUUCCAGUCGAAUUGAUUGAGUCGGUAACAGGAGAGGAUCAUAAAAAUGACAAUUUUAAGGAUUAUAAUACCAGUGAGAAUGAAAAAUCCUUUUUGGAUUCUGAAGUUAAAUUGGAUGUGGGAAACAGAAGUGUACAAGUAGAGGAUGAUGCAGAACUUGAUUUCGAUUUAAAUGAGGAACCUGCAUUCAGUUUGCUGGACUCCAUGGACGUAGAAGAGGCUGAAAAUUUUCGGGUUUUUCAUGCUAAAGAAUGUCAUUUUGAGAUGGCUGUGCUUAAGAAUGAUGCAGGUUUUUGUGUAUCCAAAACUCCAUUUGUAGAUGUAGAUGAGGAUAAAGUGAAGGCAGCUACAGAAGGUGGAAGCGAGCAUUCAAAUAUUCUUCCAGUUUCUGAAGAAGUUGCUCAAAGUCUGAUUAAAGAAACUGAAACUGAAGCGGAAGUCUCAAUUGGAACAGAAAUUCCUGAUUUAGAUAUAAUAGAUGAAAUUCAAAAUCAAGAAGCUAUCCCUUCAUAUGAAUGCCAUGAAGACCCUUCAAUUAGUUCUGCCAAUUUUCUUGAAGCAGAUAAUCAUGGUGGUAUGAUUCAGGAACAGACGGUAGAAUUGCCUGCCUUAUCAGUUCCAGAUAGUGAUCAUGUGAUGAACAAUCGACCAUCGUUUUGUUUGGAACUGAACGAGAUUGAAGAAGACAAGGUUCCUGAUACGCCUACUUCUGUGGAAAGUCUUCAUCAUCUGCACAAGAAAUUGUUGUUGCUCGAGAAAAGGGAUUCUGGGACAGAUGAAUCUUUGGACGGAAGUGUCACCAGUGAGUUGGAAGGUAGCGAGGGAGUUGUUACCAUUGAAAGCUUGAAAUUGGCACUGAGAGCUGAGCGAAAGGCUUUGCAGGCAUUAUAUGCUGAGCUAGAAGAAGAACGAAGUGCAUCUGCAGUGGCUGCAAAUCAAACAAUGGCAAUGAUAAAUCGACUCCAAGGAGAGAAGGCAGCAAUGCAAAUGGAAGCUUUGCAGUAUCAGAGAAUGAUGGAGGAACAGUCUGAAUAUGAUCAAGAAGCAUUGCAACUAUUGAAUGAACUUAUGGUAAAGAGGGAGAAGGAAAAAAAAGAGCUUGAGAAAGAGUUUGAGUUGUAUAGGAAAAAGGUGUUGGAUUACGAAACAAAAGAAAAGGUGAGGAUAUUGAAGAAAAGUAAGGAUGGAAGUACGCGGAGUGGGUUUUCCUCAGCUUCUUGUAGCAAUCUUGAGGAUAGUGAUGGAUUAUCUGUAGAUCUAAAUCAAGAAGUGAAAGACGAAGAGAGUUUCCAUAGCCAUCAAGACUUCGGAAACCACAAUACUCCCGUUGAUGCAGUUCUAAACUUGGAAGAAUCAUUAGCGGACUUCGAGGAAGAGAGGUUGUCCAUUCUAGAGAUGCUCAAGGUUUUAGAAGAAAAGCUCAUGACAUUGAACAACGAAGAUGAACAGAAGUUCGAGGAUGUCAGAGCAAUGGAAGAUGUCCAUGAAGAGAAUGGGAAUCACUUGGGUGAAAAUGGUCAUUUUAGUGAAGCUAAUGGGCAUGCAAAUGUUUUUUCUAACGUACUGAUGGGGAAACAUCAUUCGCGGAGAAAAAUCCUAGGUUCAACCCCAAAGUCACUUCUUCCACUGUUUGAUGCAAUUAAUGAAGAAAAUGGUGAUGUUACUCCGAAUGGGAACAUAAAUGGAUUUGAUUGUAAUGGUAAGGAGAAUUCUCACGAAACCAAGUUUGGAUUAGAGAACAAGAAGAUUGCCAUCGAAGAUGAGGUGGAUCAUCUUUAUGAAAGAUUACAAGCUCUUGAGGCAGAUAGAGAGUUCCUAAAGCAUUGCAUUAGCUCCCUACAGAAAGGUGACAAGGGAAUGGAUCUCCUUCAAGAGAUUUUACAACAUCUUCGUGAUCUACGUAACGUGGAGCUCCGAGUGAGAAAUUUGAGUGACAAAGCUAUACUGUGA